GGCGGCGAGGCGGGGGCGGGGCCCCGCGGGCACGCGGCUGGUUGCCCCCUCCUUUUCCCGCGGGGGUUGGUCCGCGCGACGGAAGCGGCUGCGCGCGAUCCUCGUCCUGGGCGCCCUGAACGCCGGGCCCCUGCCCUCCCCGGAGCGCGCCCUGGCCCCGCCCGGCCGCCGCCGCCGCCACCACAAAACAUGGAGGAGCUAAGCCAAGCCCUGGCGAGCAGUUUUUCAGUCUCCCAAGACCUGAACAGCCCCUCGGCGCCCCACCCUCGCCUGGCCCAGUACAAGUCCAAGUACAGCUCCCUGGAACAGAGCGAGAGGCGCCGGAAACUCCUGGAGCUUCAGAAGUCCAAGCGACUAGACUAUGUGAAUCAUGCCAGGAGAUUGGCUGAGGAUGAUUGGACGGGAUUGGAUAAUGAGGAAGAUAAGGAAGAGGAAGGCAUGGACAUUGACACUGGCAGGAAGCUGCCAAGGCGCUACGCUAACCAGUUGAUGCUCUCUGAGUGGCUGAUUGAUGUUCCUUCAGAUCUGGGGCAGGAAUGGAUUGUGGUGGUGUGUCCUGUGGGAAAAAGAGCCCUUGUUGUGGCCUCCAAGGGUUCUACUACAGCUUACACUAAGAGUGGAUACUGUGUCAACAGGUUUCCUUCCCUUCUUCCUGGAGGCAAUAAACGGACCUCAUCCACAGGAAAAGACUACACAAUCCUGGACUGCAUCUAUAGUGAACUGAACCAGACCUACUAUGUUCUGGAUAUGAUGUGUUGGAGGGGACACCCUGUCUAUGAUUGUCAGACUGAUUUUAGAUUCUACUGGAUCCAUUCAAAGUUACCAGAAGAGCAGGGACUUGAAGAGAAAACCAGGCUUAAUCCAUUUAAAUUUGUGGGUCUGAAAAAUUUCCCGUGUACUCCAGAGAGCAUAUGCAAGGUCUUAUCCACAGAUUUCCCCUUUGAGGUGGAUGGACUUCUCUUCUAUCACAAGCAGACUCACUAUAGCCCAGGGAGCACGCCCUUGGUUGGCUGGCUGCGCCCGUACAUGGUGUCUGAUGUCCUCGGCAUGACGGUGCCUGCUGGCCCUCUGACCACCAAGCCCGACUACGCUGUACAUCAGCUCCAGCAGAUCAUCGAACACAAGAGGAGCAAGAAGGAAGCCAGGACAGUGAAUCCGAACGAGGCCUCUGAGAACGGACGCUAUGAGCUGGAGUAUCUGUCCACCCCCAAGCUGGCUGAUGGUCCGGGCAGCCAGACCGAAGCCGCGAGUCUCAUGGAAAACUGAACUCUCCAAGGGACCAGGAAGAGCCCUCGCCCGCACCCUCUGAACUGCUCUUCCCAUGGCUUGUUGCAUGCGUGACGGGUGCCUGAGGCCCAGAGACGAGACUCAAGUCCACCCCAUUCAGCCAGACACACCUGAGGCCCGAGAAGCUGAGCUGAGACCCCUGGUCCCUGGCAAGGAAAGGAAACGUUCCCAGGAUGCAGAGCGCUUCCUCGCUAGAUCUCAUAGCGGUGUCCUGGGCGGACGGUGCUCGGGCAGAAUUGAGCGAUUCCAUCUGCUAAAAGUCUAUCUCAGACAUGCUAUGUAAACAUAUGGAAUUUGUAAGAACUAAGUUGUCUGUUGAUUUUUACGCCUUUGUCUCUGUAGACCUCCUGCCCCAGUCUGGGGCAGUUCCCCCAAGGGCUGUGCCUUGUUUCCUCACGGAUGUGUUACCGCACUAGGUCUUAAGCAGCUGCAUUUGGGAACUUGUGUUUUUGCAAUUGGGAGAGGAAGGGAAGUUGGAUGAGGGCCCCGAGUUCUUGGUCUCUGCAUUAGCUCUGCCUUCUGAGGAGGCGAGAAUUAUUUUCUUCCUGUGGACAUUGCCGAAGGUGAAAGUUCCUUUUAAGCAAUGGGAGCUUAUGACACUGAAAACUAACCACUUCUUUGUGUUGUGAGAAUGUGCCCUGCCUCCUGCCAUCUGGUUACUGUAUCACUGGGAAGCAUCCACCUUGUCUCUGCAGGAAGAUGUAUGCUUUCAUUUCCCAUAGUGCUAUUGAGAACGGUACUAGUGAUACAGGUCUAGUCAGUCUCUUAACACAGAACUCCCCCAAAGUUUAUUGUCUAACCUGGGAAUGAUAAUGGGGCAGAAGUGGGGGCUAAGUGGAGUACAAUUACAGCCAUUCAGCAUGUCUGCUGAAAGUAGCCAGGAUGGCUGGUGAUCGGGCACACACUGAAGCUGAUUCUAAAAUCCAAGAAGGAAACUUUCAAUUGUGCUGUUGACUGUAGAUUCAAAAGUUUUAGUUUGAUUUUCCUUUGAAUUAUAAAAGCAUUUUGUUUUCUCAAAGUUACUCUUAACUGACUAUAAAAUAAGGUUAUGAUAAAUAUACAGCUUCCAUUUAUUUUAUUUUAAGUCAGAUGAGAAUGACAAAUUCAUAUCCAAAUUCUGCAAAAACAGUCUCCAGAAAUAGUUAUGUUACUGUACUGAUUCUCAAACAUCCCUUAAGUAAAAAGGGAGUUAAUAGCCCUUUUGAGUACAAGAACUGCUCAAACUAAUGUGAAUGCUUUGUCUUGGUGGUAUUUAAUAUUUGACCUGGAAAAGCCAUAUAAGUUUAAUUUAAAAAUAAGAAAAUACAAGUCAUGCAGAUGAGUAUAAUACCUAUAUGAAAAUGAUUGUGAGCAUUCUGCUCUCUUUGUAAAGACUAAGUUUGGUCCAAGCAGCGUUUUUAAAAAUACAUUUUAUAACUUUAAUUUUUAAUUUUUAAAUUUUUUUUCUCAAUUAAAAAAAGAUUUAAAAAAUUUUUGAGUUCCAAAUUCUAUCUCUUUGCUCCUUGUUGAGAAGGCAAGCAAUUUGAUAAUAGAUUUUUCAUGUGCAGUCAUGCAAAACAUUUCUGUAUUAGCCAUGUUGCAAAAGAAAACAUGUCAAAAAAAUCAAGAAUUAAAAAAAAAUAUGCUCCAGUCUACAUUCAGACUCUGUCAGUUCUUUCUCUGCAGGUGGAUAGUAUUUUUCCUUAGUCCUUCAGAAUUGUGUUAGAUCAUUGAAUUUGAAGGUAGCCAAGCAUGAUUGAUCAUCAUUAAAUAUUGCUAUUCCUGUGUAUAGUGUUA